AUGUCGAACGCCCUCUUGCGGGCUGCAGCCCAGCGUCGACGCGUUUACAUGGAUGGGACUGCUGCACGCGCGCUGCACACCACCAUCUUCGCCGACCCUGUCCCCCUCGGCCGCAUAACCUUUGAGCUCUUCAAGGACGUGGUGCCGCGCACGGCCGAGAACUUCCGACAGUACUGCACGGGCGAGCACCGCAGCGCCCAGGGCCGCCCGCAGGGCUACAAGGGCUCGCGCUUCCACCGCAUCAUCCAGGACUUCAUGUGCCAGGGCGGCGACUUUUUGCACGGCGACGGCACCGGCUCGGCCUGCAUCUACGGCACCAAGAGCUUCGCCGACGAGAACUUUGUGCUCAAGCACGACCAACCGGGCCUGCUCUCCAUGGCUAACUCGGGCCCAAACACCAACGGCUCUCAGUUCUUCAUCACCACCAAGCCCACGCCUUUCCUCGACAGCAAGCAUGUCGUCUUUGGCAAGGUCGUCGACGGCAUGGACGUCGUGAGGAAGAUGGAGGCCACCAAGACGGGCCACCGCGGCAAAGACAUGCCCAACCUAGAUGUCAUAAUCGCCCAGUGUGGCGAAAUGUGA